GAUUAACCAGGCCCGAGCAGACGCGGCUCUCCCAGGACGCGGCACCCGGCACCCGGCACCCGGCACCGGCACCAGAGCCAUGCAGCACCCCGUGCGGGUGAAGAGCUGGGUGGAUGGGAACCGCCACUUCUUCCUGCCUCCCGUCUGCAACAAGCUGCUGCACCAGGAGCAGCUGAAGGUCAUGUUUGUGGGGGGCCCCAACACCAGGAAGGAUUUCCACAUUGAGGAGGGGGAGGAGGUGUUCUACCAGCUGCAGGGCGACAUGGUCCUCAAGGUGCUGGAGCAGGGUCGACACCGGGACGUGGUCAUCCGCCAGGGGGAGAUAUUCCUGCUGCCCGCGGGGGUCCCCCACUCCCCACAGCGGUUCGCCGACACGGUGGGGCUCGUGGUCGAGCGGCGGAGGCUGGAGACGGAGCUGGACGGGCUGAGGUACUAUGUGGGGGACAGCACGGACGUCCUGUUUGAGAAGUGGUUCUACUGCGAGGACCUCGGCACCCAGCUGGUGCCCAUCAUCCAGGAGUUCUUCAACUCGGAGCAGUACCGCACAGGGAAGCCCAUCUUGGCCCAGCUGCGCCCAGAGCCGCCCUUUGCCCUGAGCACACGCGCGGUCAUGAAGCCCAUGUCCCUGGAGGGCUGGCUGGACGAGCACCGCGGGCCGCUGCAGGCGGGCGCACCCCUCAGCCUGUUUGGGGACACCUAUGAGACGCAGGUGCUGGUCCUGGGACAAGGCAGUGGCGAGUUCCCCGCACGGGACGUGGACGAGUGGCUGUGGCAGCUGGCAAGCUCCUCCGUGGUGAUCGUGGGGGGACAGCGCCAUGAGCUGGCCGCGGACGACAGCCUCCUGGUGCCGGCUGGGACCGCGUACUCCUGGACGAGGGCUCGCGGCUGCGUGGCGCUCUCAGUGACGCAGGACCCCGCCAACAAGAAGCCCCUGGGGUGAGCUCACCACGCCGAGGUGACCCGCCUGCCCGCCUGCCACCAGGGUCCCCUCCUCUAAAGCCCCAGACUGCGGGCCAUGACCCUGCCCUGUCCCCUGCACCCUAAAGUGGCCGCAAUAAAGCUCCGGGUCCAG